GAAGGACCCAGGGUUGCAGAGGGACAGUUCAGCUGAAGGACACCAUCGUUUUAACUUUAUGUCUCCCGGAAGUUGCUCCUCCGAGUCUCUUCCUUUAAUCACGCCCGUGGGCUGCAGCUGAAGCGAUGGCAGCGGUAGCUGCUGGGCCUGGGCUUGGAUCUGGACCGGGAGACUCCCCGGAGGAGCCAGAAGCGUCAGAGAGGCGGCGGAAGGCGCACGGGAUGCUAAAACUUUACUAUGGCCUCUCGGAGGGAGAGGCAGCGGGGAGACCCACAGGGCCGGACCCCCUGGACCCGACAGAUCUCAACGGAGCGCACUUCGAUCCGGAAGUGUAUCUGGACAAGCUGCGUAGGGAGUGCCCCCUGGCCCAGCUGAUGGACAGUGAAACGGACAUGGUGCGGCAGAUCCGGGCUCUAGACAGCGACAUGCAGACCUUGGUCUAUGAGAACUACAACAAGUUCAUCUCUGCCACAGAUACCAUCCGGAAGAUGAAAAACGAUUUCCGGAAGAUGGAGGACGAGAUGGACCGGCUGGCGAACAAUAUGGCCGUGAUCACGGACUUCAGCGCGCGUAUCAGUGCCACACUGCAGGACCGCCAUGAGCGCAUCACCAAGCUGGCAGGAGUCCACGCGCUGCUCCGGAAGCUGCAGUUUCUCUUUGAAUUACCCUCGCGCCUCACCAAGUGUGUGGAGCUGGGCGCCUACGGGCAGGCGGUGCGCUACCAGGGCCGAGCGCGGGCCGUGCUGCAGCAGUACCAGCACCUGCCCUCCUUCCGCGUCAUCCAGGAUGACUGCCAGGUCAUCACGGCUCGCCUGGCACAGCAGCUCAGACAGCGCUUCAGGGAGGGCGGCUCAGGCACCCCUGAGCAGGCUGAAUGCGUAGAGCUGCUGCUGGCCCUCGGCGAACCUGCCGGGGAGCUGUGUGAGGAGUUCCUGGCGCAUGCCCGCGGGCGGCUAGAGGAUGAGCUGCGGAGCCUGGAGGCGGAGCUAGGGCCCUCCCCGCCGGCGCCUGAUAUCUUAGAGUUCACCGACCGUGGGGGCAGCGGCUUCGUGGGUGGCCUCUGCCAGGUGGCCUCAGCCUACCUGGAGCUGUUUGAAGCCCAGGGCCCAGCAGGGGUAGAGAAGCUGACAGCCUUCGCCAAAGACCUCGGCAGCCGCUACUUUGCACUGGUGGAGCGGCGGCUUGCUCAGGAGCAGGGUGGCAGUGACAACUCGCUGCUGGUGCGGGCGCUGGACCGCUUCCACCGGCGUCUGCGGGCCCCUGGGAACCUGUUAGCUGCCGCAGGGCUCUCCGAGGCAGCCACGAAGAUUGUGGAGCAGGUGGCCCGCGAACGCCUGGGCCACCUUCUGCAGAGCCUUCGGGCCGCCUUCCUGGGCUGUCUGACUGAUGUGCGACAGGUGCUGGCUGCGCCGCGCCUGACUGGGAAGGAAGGCCCUGGGCUGGCCGAGUUGCUGGCCAAUGUGGCUAGCUCCAUUUUGAGCCACAUCAAGGCCUCGCUGGCUGCUGUGCACCUCUUCACUGCCAAGGAGCUGUCUUUCUCCAACAAGCCCUACUUCCGGGGUGAGUUCUGCAGUCUGGGCGUCCGGGAGGGCCUCAUCGUGGCCUUCAUCCGCUCCAUGUGCCAGACGGCUCAGAGCUUCUGUGAGAGCCCCGGGGAAAAGGGGAGUUCCACGCCGCCCGCGCUGCUCCUGCUGCUGUCCCGUCUCUGCCUGGACUACGAGACAGCCACCAUCUCCUACAUCCUCACCCUUGCUGACGAACAGUUUCUGGUGCAGGACCAGUCUCCAGUGACACCUGUGAGCACACUGUGUGCAGAGGCCAGGGAGACGGCGCGGCGGUUGCUGACCCACUACGUGAAGGUGCAGGGUCUGGUCAUAUCACAGAUGCUGCGGAAGAGUGUGGAGACUCGGGAUUGGCUCAGCACCCUAGAGCCACGGAAUGUGCGCGCUGUCAUGAAGCGGGUGGUGGAAGACACAACUGCUAUCGAUGUGCAGGUGGGGCUCCUGUAUGAGGAGGGUGUUCGCAAGGCCCAGAGCAGCGAUUCCAGCAAGAGGACUUUCUCUGUCUACAGCAGCUCUCGGCAGCAGGGCCGCUAUGCGCCCAGCUAUACACCCAGUGCCCCAAUGGAUACCAACCUCUUGAGCAACAUCCAGAAGCUGUUCUCUGAACGCAUUGACGUGUUCAGCCCUGUGGAAUUUAACAAGGUGUCGGUGCUGACAGGCAUUAUCAAGAUCAGCCUGAAGACGCUGCUGGAGUGCGUGCGGCUGCGCACCUUUGGGCGUUUCGGGCUGCAGCAGGUACAGGUGGACUGCCACUUCCUGCAGCUCUACCUGUGGCGCUUUGUGGCCGAUGAGGAGCUCGUGCACUUGUUACUCGAUGAAGUGGUGGCCUCAGCUGCCCUGCGCUGCCCAGACCCAGUGCCCAUGGAGCCCAGUGUCGUCGAGGUCAUCUGUGAACGCGGCUAG